GAAGGAGCGCGUUUCCACAGUGAGCCAAUAUGGCGGCGGCCAGGAGGUUGAAACGCGUGGUGGCUUCACAGCCCGGUUUUCUUAAUUUAAAGUCCUCUUUAGACGGUGCAGGUUUGGGUAGCAGUCGGAGAAAACGUGUGAACAAGAAUAAGAAAAAGAACUGGAACAAAUUCAGCGACAUUAACGAUGUAGACGAGUUUUUAGAAGACGUCAGACACCAGGAGAGGACCACAGGAGGUCUGCUGUCUGAGAAGUCAGAUGACAGUUUGUUCUUUUUGGAUGUUGGACAACCAAAGAAACCUGAACCGAAGGCAGAGGAACCUGUCAAGGGGAAGAAGAGGAAAGGGAAAGCGUCACGUCCUCUGAGGAUAGACCUGAUCCUGCAGCAUGACUCCCUCGUUCCACCAGCAAAAGACGUGCUGGCCUACCAGCAACCUAAUGCCAAGAAACUUCGUCGCAUUGCCCAGAAGGCCGAGCAGCUGGCAGCCAAAGGCGUGGUGCCACGGAGGCAGAAACAGCUGCUCAACAGACGGCCGGUCAACAGGACGGCCAAGAAGGCCGUGACAGAGGCCAACAACAACCCAGAAAGAGAAUACUAUGACAUAUGGGGGCAAGAGUCCAAAGAAACAGCCGACCCCUGGUACCUUCAGCAGACGCGCAAGAAGCUUGUCAAGCGUCCAGAGAAGUUGAAUGAGAAGCCGUCUGUGCUUCCCGCUGUGGAGGUGAUCGCUCCUGGAGGAUCCUACAACCCAGACUUCUUCUCCCACCAGGCCUUGCUGCAGGAGGCUCAUGAGGUGGAAGUCAAGAAACACAAAGAGGAGGAAAAGAUCGAGAGACAGCUGGCCGUCAACAAAGAACACAUAGCAACAGAGGAGACAAUCUUCAACGAGCAGGUUGAAGGCUUGGUGGAAGAAGAGAAUGAAGAAGAAGAAGCAGCAGCUGCUCCUAAUGAUGAAGAGGAGGGUGUGCCAGUGGGAGCCAUCUCACUGGCAGAGAAGAAGACUGAGAGACAGAGGAAGAAAGAGAAGGCGGAGAAAAUUAAGGAGCAACAGCGACAGGCGUACAGACAGCAGACUGACCGGCGGCAGCAGCUUUUCCAGCUGCGCUCCAUAAAGUCCUCCAUCAAAGAGCAGGAACAGAAAACUAAGGACAGACAGAAGCAGCGCAAGGCCAAUCAGGAGGCCCAGAAAGCUCAACCCAGACGCCUCGGCAAACUCAAGUUCCAGCCUCAGGACAUGGAGGUUCAGUUGAGUGACGAGCUGGCCGGCUCCCUGCGACAGCUCAAGCCAGAGGGCAGCGUCCUCAAGGACCGCUUCAAGAGUCUGCAGAAGAGGAACCUGAUUGAACCAAGAGAAAGAGCCAAGUUCAAGAGGAAGCACAAGCUGAAGUAUGUGGAGAAGAGGGCUUUUAGAGAGAUCACUUAGUGCCGGGCCACAGACCACAGGGACUGAGCACAAGAAGCUGGCAAGCAUUUCAAAGCCACAACAUAAUGGAACUGUGUAUAUAUACGCCUUAAUGACCGCUGAGGGCCCGUUUGACCCUUUUAGGUGAUUUCUAACUGCUAACAAUUUAAUAUGUCACAUCAAUGAUAUAAACUGAGCUGAAAAGUG